CAACGCAUUGCAUUGUAAGUUGUUACAGCACACGCGAAGCCACGCGCGCCACAUCACACAGAAGAAAACGUGCCGUAUCAUCAGUCUAGCUAGAGAUGGCGUCGACGGUGACCAGCCUCUCCACCCCGGCGACCCUCGCGGCCGCCGACGUGCUCCCGAGGAAGGCGGUCCCCGCCCGCGUGUGUUUCUCCGUGGCGGCCCGCCGCCGCGGCGGCUUCGCGGUCAGGGCGAGCGGGCCGUCCACGCCGCCGGGCAUCUCCGACAAGGUGUCGGAGAGCAUCAAGCAGGCGGAGGAGGUGUGCGCGGACGACAAGGGCACCGGCGAGUGCGCGGCGGCGUGGGACGAGGUGGAGGAGCUCAGCGCCACGGCGAGCCACGCGCGGGACAAGCUCAAGGACAACUCCGACCCGCUCGAGAACUACUGCAAGGAGAACCCCGAGACCGACGAGUGCCGCACCUACGACAACUGAGCCAGACCGCGUGUCUGAACAAUCAAGGAUAUGCAUGCAUGUUAAAUUUGUUAUAGACGGACGAUACCGAGGAAGGUGGUGGUAUUAACGGAUACGUGAAGGGGUGAAGUGCAAAAAAAAAGUUCUAUACCUCGGUGAAUUACUGAAUCUGUAUGAAGCUUUUUAUGCUUCUCUGCCUUUGUUAUUCGUAUACUUGUAUGUGUUGAUAUAGAUUCAAUAUAAGCACAACAAGGUUUCUAUCGUAAA